AUGGCGAUUUAUAUCGCGGCCGGCGUAAAGAUAUUCGCGCACGAAAAAGGAGUGCAAAGUCUUACUGCCCAGGAACAGCUCAUGCUGGAUGGCCAAACACGCCAGCCAUCGCAGGAGCAAGAGAGUGGGAGCCAACAACCUAGCGAAAGCCGGUCGUCAUGCAUAGUACCUCCAAAUGAUUCAAUGACUGGAGAACAGCGGGCGGUUGAAACUCGGCCUUCCUCUCAAGCUUCGUCAACGCCCGAGAACCAAAGGUUACGUGAAAGCUCAAUGGCUACGACGGUGUCUUCGGAGAGAGUUUUCGGACCACAAAAUCAGAACCGACCGAGACAUGAACACGAAUUGAUCUCACAGAACAAUUGUACACCUGAUCAAAUACUUGCCCAGCGAUAUUCGAACUUUGCCGACACUGAGCUCGCAGCCCACGGCAGCCUUGCGCAGAACCGUCUUCAAAACCUUGGUUCCCUAGAGUCUGAUAUAGCCAGUAUAGGACGUCUGGCGAAUCGUAAUCAAGCCGCUGAUUUUGAAAGGCGACUGGACGCCCAACUAGAAGGUUUAGAGAAAGGUCCUGGUUUCUGGAAUGGUGUUAUCUUCUUCUCUACUUCGUGGGAUGCUGUUCGAGAGUCCUACGGAACCCUGAAAUCACCUCGAGACUUGUCUGCACCAUUAUUUUGGCGACAACUUUCCACGUUCUUCGUAACAAGCCUAUGGGAGCGAAGACGAAUUCGAUUCAAGCUUCCCUGGAAAUAG